AUGACAGACGAUGAGCCACUGAAUCAGUACCAGAAAGCAAAUGAUUCUAUUGAUGAUUAUGAUUAUAAUAAACGUAUUUACUAUUUCGAAUAUGAUGAUAAUGAGGAUUGGAAUUAUGUUAAACCCUUUCACAGAAAGAUCACUUUAGAAACUCCAUGCUGUGAAGCUUACAUCUUAAUUGGUUCGUUUAAUGGUUUGAUAUGUAUUUAUGGAUCUCGACCUACUAUUCCUGAUGCUUCUGGCCCUGCUAUUAUUUUUAACCCGGUGACAAAAGAAUUCAUUGUACUGCCAGAUUUUGACUGCUAUCCCGAAUAUGACAUAAAAGGUGAAAAUUCACGUCGAUGUUAUCAUUUGGCAUGUGGAUUUGGUUACCUUGCCGGAACAAAUGAGUACAAAGUUGUCCGGAUAUGUGAUUAUGCUGGAGAACCUAAGGUUGUCGAGGUGGAGGUGUACACUGUUGGAAGCGGUAAGGGAUGGAGACGUGUUGGAAAGUUCGAUUUUGGUUUUCGAUUUAACCCACAUUGGGAGCAUACGCAUGGUGUGUUUCUGAAUGAAGCUCUUUAUUGGAAAAAUACUGAUGGAGGAAUGAUUGUGGUUUUCGAUCUGGCUGGUGAAAAAUACUGA